GGGGCUCGGGGCUCCUACCCCGGCCCGCAAGCCCGGCGGGGCGCGGCCGCGGGGCAGCCCCCUUCCCCCUUCCCCCUUCCCCCUCCUCCGCGGGUCUCCUCACUUCCUGCGAGGCGGGGCUUUGCUGCCGACGGAGGCGAGCGGUGCGGCGCCGCCGCCGCGCUCCUGGCGGAAGGCAAGGAAGUGUACUUCAAGAAUCUUUCAAAGCAAAAACAAAAGGAAGUCAUGGAGAAAAAUGGAAACAACCAAAAACUUCGUGUUUGUGUUGCUACUUGCAACCGUGCUGAUUAUUCGAAAUUAGCUCCCAUUAUGUUUGGUAUUAAAGCAGAGCCACAGUUUUUUGAGCUUGACGUCGUAGUGCUUGGUUCCCACCUAAUCGAUGAUUACGGUAAUACCUAUCGUAUGAUUGAACAAGAUGACUUCGAUAUUCAUACAAGAUUGCAYACCAUCGUGAGAGGAGAGGAUGAGGCAGCUAUGGUGGAGUCAGUGGGCCUUGCAUUAGUGAAGUUACCCGAUGUCCUCAACCGCCUGAAACCUGACAUAAUGAUAGUUCACGGGGACAGGUUCGAUGCUUUGGCCCUGGCCACGUCUGCGGCCCUGAUGAACAUUCGCAUUCUUCACAUUGAAGGUGGGGAGGUCAGUGGGACCAUUGAUGACUCCAUCAGACAUGCCAUAACCAAACUGGCCCAUUACCACGUGUGCUGCACAAGGAGUGCAGAGCAGCACUUGAUAGCCAUGUGUGAAGACCACGACCGCAUCCUUUUAGCAGGSUGUCCCUCGUAUGACAAGCUUCUCUCUGCCAAAAACAAGGACUACAUGAGUAUUAUUCGCAUGUGGCUAGGUGAAGAUGUCAAAACCAGAGAUUAUAUAGUUGCUCUGCAACAUCCUGUAACAACAGAUAUUAAACAUUCCAUAAAGAUGUUUGAGCUGACAUUAGAUGCACUCAUCUCCUUCAACAAGAGAACACUUGUUCUGUUCCCUAAUGUGGAUGCGGGAAGCAAAGAGAUGGUUCGUGUAAUGAGGAAGAAGGGCAUAGAACAUCAUCCCAAUUUUCGGGCAGUUAAGCAUGUGCCAUUUGACCAGUUCAUUCAGCUAGUUGCUCAUGCUGGUUGUAUGAUUGGUAACAGCAGCUGUGGUGUCAGAGAGGUGGGAGCAUUUGGUACACCUGUCAUCAACCUGGGGACACGUCAGACAGGAAGAGAAACAGGUGAAAAUGUUCUUCAUGUCCGUGAUGCUGAUACACAGGAUAAGAUUCUUCAUGCUCUACAGCUGCAGUUUGGGAAGCAAUAUCCAUGCUCAAAAAUAUAUGGAGAUGGUAAUGCUGUUCCAAGGAUUUUGAAAUUUCUUAAAUCUAUUGACCUCAAAGAACCAUUGCARAAGAAAUUCUGUUUUCCUCCUGUCAAAGAUAAUAUUUCUCAAGAUAUUGACCAUAUCCUUGAGACACAAAGUGCUCUGGCUGUGGAUCUAGGCGGAACAAAUCUCCGAGUAGCAAUUGUCAGUAUGAAGGGUGAAAUAGUUAAGAAGUAUACCCAGCUCAACCCUAAAACCUAUGAAGACAGACUAGCAUUAAUUCUAAAGAUGUGUGUAGAGGCUGCAKCAGAGGCAGUAAAUGUAAACUGCAGAAUUUUGGGAGUAGGUAUUUCCACAGGUGGACGGGUAAACCCUCGAGAAGGAAUUGUGCUUCACUCUACAAAACUCAUUCAGGAGUGGAGCUCUGUGGAUCUCAGAACUCCAAUAUCUGAUGCUUUGCACCUGCCAGUCUGGGUGGACAAUGAUGGAAACUGUGCUGCUCUAGCAGAGAGGAAAUUUGGUCAUGGAAAAGGAGUAGAAAAUUUUGUAACACUGAUUACUGGUACAGGAAUUGGAGGCGGAAUUGUUCAUCAGCAUGAACUGAUCCAUGGCAGUUCUUUCUGUGCUGCUGAGCUUGGGCACAUCGUUGUAUCCUUAGACGGACCAGAGUGCCUGUGUGGCAGCCAAGGAUGUAUAGAAGCUUAUGCCUCAGGAAUAGCACUACAGAGAGAAGCUAAGAAGCUGCAUGAUGAUGAUCUGCUUUUAGUGGAAGGAAUGUCAAUGAAGAAGGAGGAGAUUGUUAGCGCUGCACAUCUUAUUCAAGCAGCUAAACUUGGGAAUACAAAAGCAGAGAGCAUCCUCAGAACAGCUGGGACUGCAUUAGGCCUUGGCGUUGUGAACAUUCUACACACCGUGAACCCCUCUCUUGUGAUCCUUUCUGGAGUUCUAGCUAACCACUACGUUAAUGCUGUCAAAGAUGUGAUAAAUCGACAGGCUCUGUCCUCUGUAAAAACUGUGGAUGUGGUGGUCUCAAACCUAGCAGAUCCUGCUCUUCUUGGAGCUGCUAGCCUGGUACUGGAUUAUACUACACGUAGAAUAUACUAGAAGAAUUAGAGAAGAAUU